AUGCCAGUUAUUAUUCGAGAAAAAGGUGCUAGGGCCGAGCCCCCAAUACUGCACUAUAGAUACCAAUGGAGCGAGGCACGUCAAGAGGAAUAUGAACUGCAUCGUCUUCCUCAGUAUAUGGAAAAUAAACCUAUACAAAUAUUCUGGGCGGCAACUCCUACGAAGCAGGAGGCAAAACUCAUCGAAGCUGGGUAUAAUGAGCUUACAACCAUAACCAAAAUAGGUCAGAAAAUCCAAGGCUUUUUACAUGAUCGUAAGGACUUUGGUGUUCAAGUCAUUCACCGAUCGAAAGUAAAUCUUACCGCAAUAUCAGGGGUUGCGGUCCUGCGUUCUUGCAAACAUCUUAGCAAAUUGGGAGUUGCCGUACUUUAUGGGGAGAACUCCUUUCUUUUUGACACACGCGGCUCUCCAAGCUUUACCGGACCUCAAAGUGUUGUCACCAUGGACCAAAUUUCGCAUGAUUUUGAUGAGAUUCCUGGUCAUCAACGUAAGGAUGGAACUAUGCCAACCGCAGAACAGAUUUCUCACUCUAUUGAUUUGAUCUUCCAACAGGAUCAAGACAAACUUAAAUUCGCUUAUAAAGACCUAGAAAAAAACGAACAGAAGUCAAAGUUCAUUUACCAGGACCCAUUCACUAGAUUUUUGAUGGAAAUUGGCCGGGAAAAUGCUUCGAAGCUUACCAAAAUUGUCAUUCAGGGCAAAUUCAACUGGAUCAUCGGUAAAUGGCAGUACACAAAGUCUAUUCCAGUCGGACUUCAUGACCUUCUUCCAAUUUAUACUACCAUUUUCAAAGAAGUUUGUGAAAACAUUCAUACCCUAAUUUUGCAUGACGACGACCGGGGCUAUCCUCAAUUAAAGCGGCUGGAUCCGCGAGUUAUGGACAGGAGCCAGCAAAUAAAUGAGUCUGUCGAGAAACUUGUUCAUGCGCUUCCAUAUCUUCAGAGACUACAAUUGGGCCGAUAUGAAUUCGUACCAGCCGGGUGUGGAUAUGAUCCGGGUACUCCUGGUAGUGAUAUCAUAAAAUUGGUGCACCCAGAGGACGAGUGGGGGAUGGCUUUGAAGUGGAUAGGAUUCGUCGAACAACGUGCCCAGAGCCGCACACUGGCAGAAUCAGAAUGCGAAGAGAGAAAGGAGAAUGGGGGAAAACCACGAAGUUGA